AAGGUCGGGAGGCGCGAUCGAGCCAGGCCGGAAGCGUCAGUCCGGCUGCAUCCCGACUUUGAGGCAGCUCUCAUGGAGAUAUUGUCGGAGCUCACACCGCCACACUCCUUUUGAACAUUUAUACUUUUUUUUUUUUGUGUGUGUCUUUUUUAAAUGGGCGUCGCACUCUUUUUCUUUUCACCUCCACUCGCGGCGUUUUCUGCCCUUUUUAAUUCAUUCCCGUGCAAGGAUUUAACAAAAAAGAUGAUCCAGAUCGACAAUUCCGGCUGCACGGGCCUGCGUAUGACUGAUUGCAACACAUAGAUCCCGAAAAGGAUUAUUAUUAUUAUUAUUAUUCAUAUAUGGGCUGCAUUUGAUUUUUUUUUUUUUUUUUUUUUUUUUGUGACCCCCCCCCGUUUUGGGAUUACUCUUGGGAAUGGAAGGACGGGAAUUCGCAGCUCCGGCCCAUCUCCUCUCAGAGCGAGGGGCCCUGGUGCACAGGGCCACCUCUCGGAUCGCCCCCUCCGGCCACGGCUCCGUGCAGCACACCGGCCACUUCCCACCGGGGAAAUACUACCCCUCGCACAUACCAAUGGCUCCACACUCAGGAAGUGGAUUGAUGGGAAACUCCUCCGCCUCCUUCAUGGGGACCUUCCUGGCCAGUAGUCUGGGCUCACCCCCGUCGCACCCGUCUCACCAUUCCCGGCCGCCCUCCUCGCCUUCCUCGCCCUCCUUCCGAGGUGGACCCCAUUCCGGUGCCUCGCAAAUAUGGUUCUCCCAUUCCCAUGAAGCCGCAGCAGGAUAUCCUCGAUUCUCAGGGAGUCUGGCCCACACUUUUCUUCCCAUGAGCCACUUGGACCCCCAUGCCAACAGCGGCGUCCUCUACGGCCAACACCGCUUCUAUGACACCCAGAAAGAGAACUUCUACAUUCGAGGUCUACCAUCACAGCCACCUCUCAUCUCGACCAAUCACAGUCUGCCGCCAAUGUCCAGGGCCGGUUCAGGACUCUCCCAGGGGCCUUGCAGCAGAGAAAGGGAUGCCGGUGGUGGACCAAGUGUCCAUAAGAGCCUUAAAGAAGGAACUGUGGAGAGGGGAGUGGGCCCUGUCAAAGACAAGGAGAGGUCUAGUAGCAAACAUGAGGCAAAGGAAAGACAGCAACAGCAACAGCAGCAGCAGCAACAGCACCACCACAACCAACAGUCCGCUCUGCCCACACAUCAACACCACCACCACCACCACCACUCCCACCAACAUCAGCAGCACCCGCACUAUCCACAGCACCCAUUGCCCCUGGAGGAGGUAAACAGUCGGGCCCUGGAGAGACACAAGGCAUCACUCCCUAUGGAAUACAGUAAGGAUCCGCAAAUGAUGGGCAAGUCUUUAAGUGCUUGCUUGCACAACAGCAAGAUGCAAAACGGAGAGACAGGAAACGUGGCGGUGCCUAAGACAUCCAUGUCCAGCUAUGGAGGGGAGGGCACACCCUUGGGAACUAUUGGAGGUGGGGCCGGCAACCAUGGCAGACAUAUGGGUUCCAACGGCAAUAGCCGCUGCACCAAAGAGGGGGUAAGUGGGGAGAUGCGGAUCAGUGAACAACCCUCAGAUUGUCUCGAAAGGGGUCAAGGACCACUCCACCACUCUCUAACCUACUCUGUAGCCCCGGCCUUACAGUUGGCUUCUACUGGGGGGGCCCAACCCCAUCCACACCCGCACACGCACCCCCAUGCACAUGCUCACCCAGGAGGCUUCCACUGCCUACAGCUUCACCCGAGCCACCCACACCAUCCACACCCUUCCCACCACGCUCACCAUCACCCGGACUUCUUCUGUCCACCCCAUCCUGCCCCUUUGGGUAAUCCCGCCUCACAUGACAGGGGGCCGGCCAAUGCAGGGCGUGAAACUAAAGUCACAGGGCCUACGUUUGUGCCGUCCGUGGCAGACACGGGGGACAAACACGGAGGGCCGUUUCAGCUCGGUAACCCUGACUUUCAGGUUGUAGGCAGUGGAGGUGGCAAUGUCAAGGACAAAGUUAUGGACAAGAAUGGUGGAGGAGGGGGACACCAUGGUAGUUGGCAUAGGAAACAACAGCAACAGCAGCAACAACAGCAACAGCAUCAAUACAGAAAAACGGAGAAGGCUCCAGACUGGAUGCAGUCCCACCAACAACAUCUCCAAGCCUCCCAGCUUACGCCACUGAUCCAACAACAACAGCAACAGCAGCAGGCUCCGCAACCGCAGAAGCAACACCAGGUUGUACGAUCACGCAGUGCUGAGUGUGUAAACAGUACAGUGGACAUGGACAUGUUCAGAUCCUCGUUGCCCCCGGCACCCAAGACUGGACACUCUCUCCCUCAUUCGGUCAACACUUCUCCAUACAGAGACUGUUCCCAUCCGGGACCACAACCUAACUCCUCCCCGCUUGGAAACAAAAAUAUGAGUCAGCACAGCGGUCCUGGCGGCAGCUGCUCCUUGCAAAGAGACGGCCAAAAAGUAGCGAGGAUUCGCCACCAGCAGCACGGGCGUCCUGGCCCGGAUGCUCCUCCUCCGGGGGAGAUAAACCAAGGGACGGUGCAGGAUAUGAAAAGAAAGAUGGACAUGGUUUACGGUUACAACAACGGUGGGCAGCAGCAGCACCAACAGCCGCCCGUACCGCAAUGGACCAUGAGGCCUCCCCACCACAUGCCACAAACUGAGGAGGAACCGAUAAAGUCCUACAUGGAGCUAGGAAGCACGAAUAUGCAACAUUCCCAACAGCAGAGAAUGAAUCCGUCGACUCAGCAUGCACCUCCAGUCAGUCAGCAGCAGCAACAACCUGAGACUCAAGGCCCAACUCGGGGGGAGAGCAGUGCCAUGAAAAGCUUACUUAAGUACAGCAAUCAGCAACAGCCACAACUCCUCUCCCAGAAAACCCCCUUUGGUGGCCUUGGGAACUUGAAAUCGGGUCCAGCUGGCGCAAGCUACGCCCUACAGAUUAACAAGCAGAAUUUACCUUCGAGGAAAGGUCCGGCCAAUGACAACGAGCGCCCUGAUUACGGCGGAAGGCAUCGGGAUGUUGGGGAUCCAGGCCACGGGGAGAGCGAAGUGAGGCAACCGCCCGUCGGGAUUGCCGUGGCCGUGGCCAGACAAAGGGAACCACCGUGUCGUUCGUCGGAUGGUCAUCCCAACAGUCGCCACAGCAGGGUGCAUCCCGCUGUGAAAGGACCUCCACACAGCGCCAUCUAUCCCUCAGAUACGACUACUGAACAGGAGAGGAAAAUGAUGAGCGGGGAGCAAAUAGGUCUGACUUGUUUGGACAGAGAGAGGGAUGCAUACAUCAGAGAUAAUAAGGAGAGGGUGGAGUUUUCAAGGAUUCAUCCCUCGAACAGCUGUCAUGGGGACCUUGCUUCACAUCUCAUGGUCCCAGGCGGGACUUCCCUCCAAACUGGCCAAUUAACAGACCCUGCUGCACAUUCUGCUCACCACCAUUGGAUGCCAAGGACUGGAAGCCCAUCCCUUUGGAUGGCAGGACAUUCUUAUGGUAUAGGUCAUACAGCCCUACACCAGAAUCUGCCUCCAGGUUUCUCUGCAGCAAUGCCAGGUCCUCUACAGCCAGUCCUGCCCUUGCCUCAGGAUCCUUCUGCCCAGUUGGUGGUCCUGCCCACAGAACCUCCAGCCCAUCCUGCAACCCAUCACCUUGAUGUGAUGGAACAGCCUGGUCUUUGGCCACCUGUGUACGGUGCCCGGGGUCCAGCCUCCCACAUGCAGCAUCCCACCAUGUACUCCCGAUCCCAGUUUCUACGACAACAGGAACUAUAUGCUCUCCAGCAGCAUCAGCAGCUUCAGCAUCAGCACCAAAGCCACCCGUCACAGCAACCUCAACCACAACAUCCGGCCCAACAGCAGCAGCAGCAUAAAGCUAUGCAGGGCAUGGACAUGCAACACCACGCCCCCCACGCUGCACAGAUGCAGAAGCGGGCAGAUGAAACUCCGGUUGAUCUGGGGGACCUCAUUCCAAAGUCGAGGACGUCGAAACCUGCCAAGCCCUACUCCUACAACCCUCCUCAGAGAAACACCUCACCCCCUGGAGCGUGUACUGCCCACUUGUCUCCCUGUUACCAGUCCCCUACCAUGCGUCCACACCCCAAAAGCACUCCCUCCACACCUUGCCCCGUUGCCAGUCCGGCCGUCGCGGUCCCGCAUUCUCCCAACAUUAGUCCAGCUCCGACCCAGAUGCCCAAAGGGUCAGAACCCCAGGAUAAGAGAGGCGAGGGUCAGCCCCAGCAGGAUUACGCAGAAUCUUUGGAACCUGACUUGCCCCCUGGAUACACCUAUUCUGCGAUCACACUGGGUUACAGGAGUGGUCCUUCUCCCCAGGAUAUUAAACUUGCAGAGCCAGCCGACCUGGAAGCCAUCCAAGCUGAGCCCUCCGAGCAUGCCCCCCAGGCACUCUCCGGCCUGGGGGAGGCUCUGGACUGCCAAGCGGUGGUAAGACCUCCCCCGGAGCCACUUCCACCCAAGGAAGUGGAACAGGGAGACGAGGGCAGCCCUUUGGAAAGAGGCCUCGAUGAGGUGGAGGGAGCAGCAGAGACAACAGCCAAAUAUGUAUCAGAAGAGAAAGAGGUGAAGGAGCAGGGGUCCGCAGAGGAAGAGGUGCUGGUUUGCCCCUCUGUGGAUAGCCCGGUGUGCGAGACUGCUUCCUGUCCGGCCCCCCUUGCUGCACAUGAGCCUGAGAAGCCAGAGGCUGUCAUCACUUUGGAAGAUGAGGAUGAUGAUGAUGAUGACCUUGGGGGCGAGGAGAGCCAAGUGGAACAAGUCACAAAGGUCACCCUGUCAGAAGAGCCGGAGCCAGUUCUGGGCAGCCUGGGUGCGCUUACCCCUGCCACUCCCGAGGGACGUGAGGAGCGGUCCCCUGAAGUGGACAGCGACGAUGCGUCGUUGAAUUUGACGUCCAACGCCCCUGGCCGGAUUGAAAUGGUCGUCGCCGAAUCCCAGAAAGCUCUCGUGCCGUGCUAUUGGAGCCUUGAGCUGCUCAUCGCGGCGGCUUUCUGCACGGACGUACCCCCGUUUCCUUUGUUUCCUUUCAGCACCCCGGCUGUAAGCCCGUCGCUGCCCAACCCCUGUCAGGGGAUGGAGCUUCUGAGUGAGGUGGCUGACCUGGAGCUACAGCAGAAGAGGCACAACUGUGGGGAAAGCCCAGAAGAAGAGUUGCUGAUGUUCGACCUGCGCAGCCUUGCAACGCUUGCCACAGCCCGAUCGCUGGAGACAAACUCACAGGAAGGCAGCGGUCUGUGCGCCGGUCGACAAUUCCCAGCACGAAAGACCUUCAAUUUGCGUCGAAAAUGCAGUUGGACUCCCCGAAACGAGCCGGUGUGCCAAGCCAAAGGUAGCAUGGAAACGAUGGACGCUCCGGAGCUGGAGAUGCGUGUGAAGCUGGCAGAGCUUCAGCGUCACUACAAGGAGAAGCAGAGGGAGCUGGUCAAGCUGCAGAGGAAACACGAUCACCAGAAAGAGGAGACGCCUCGAAGCCCGGCGAGAAGAGGCCCGGGACGACCGAGGAAGAGGAAGCCCACUACACUAACUACGAGCUCGGAGGGACAGAGGAAAGUCAAGCAUUCUCUGACGCCUGAGGAGUUAGGCGGAGACAACCAGAGAAGGAAGAAGAGGACGUCCAGUCGAGCCUUUGAGCAAGUCAGCGGCACACAGAUGAAAGCGCAAGGUUGCAGAAAAGGAGACACUCCAAGCGCUCCUGGCUCCAAGCUGUCCACCUCCGAGGCGGCGCAGCUUAAACAGAAGAGCCAGGGUAAAAAGAACCUCUCGGGGACGCGUCACCGGGACAAGGAGGUCUCGCCCUCCAGCUCAAAGCACAGACACCGAAGCCAGGGUGCCAGCAAAACCGAGUUCAGGCGAGACUCCGGUGGGCAAAGCGACACAGCAGCCAGCGUGGACAGUGGCACCCAGGAGAACUGGGCUAUGAAAGGGGGCCAGGAUUUCACUCAUCAGACCAAGACGGGUCCGAGGACGGUCCAUGGUACAAGACAGGAGUCAUUGGGAGAGACUUCCAAUCCUGAGAGCGACUCUUCAGAACAAGGAGAAGAAGAAGAAGAAGGCAGUAAUGACAGUGAUGAAGGUCAAGAACCAAGAGCCCAACAUUGCAGAGAUGUGACCCCCAUUUCCACCGUGACAGAUCCGAGUCCUUCCUCUAUUGUAAAACUUGAGGCGAAUCAGAAAGCUCGGAACAAAAAGCAGAGACAGGAGCUUCACGGCUCCCAUAGUCUUUCUGGCGCGGAAGGCGAGGUCAAAGUAAGGAAGAAGAACCCCUCCAGUAGACCGGGCCUGGCUGCUUCGGUCCAAAGCCGCCAUGAAGAUCAGAUCAGGGCGGAUCAUAACUUCAGGAGAGCGUGCGCACCCAGAAGCAAGGAGCCUCGGUGGGGGAACCACGGCAACAGAGGCAACCGGUUCCGUCGUAGCAUGGGACUGCCCGUCUUCCCGUCCACCACGGAGAGGUUGAAGAGGGCAACACGCAAAAGCACCGUGUUGAGAGGAACCAUCAAGCAGAGAAAUUGCUGGGCGCCAUUUCCAAAGAGCGAGGAUUGCGGCAAAAGCCGAAGAGCCAAGGACCCACAGCCAAAAGGUCGAGCGGUUAGUCGACUCUUGGAGAGUUUUGCAGCUGACGAGGGCUUUCAGAUGGACGGCAGCAGCUUCUCAGAGGAAGAGGAGGAGGAGGAGAACAGUGAUUCAUGCACAAAGAGUCCUGAAGUUCCAAAUUGUGUCCUGACCAAAGAACUGUUAUCAGAUGGACUAAAGAUCCUGGUCUCUAAGGAGGAUGAGCUUUUGUAUGCUGCCAGGGUGCACACUAUGGAGCUCCCAGAUAUAUUUAGUGUUACAAUCGACGGAGAAAGAGGAAACCGAGCAAAGAUCUAUUCUUUGGACCAACUGCUGCGGGAAGCUGUCCUGGAUCUGCGCCCUGAGUCCCAGGCCGUGCUGAACGAUGGAACCAGGGUGUGUGCUUACUGGAGUGAACGCUCACGCUGCUUGUACCCGGGCUAUGUUCGCAGAGGGACUUCCACUGAUGACGCCAAGCCGGGAGUGAUGGUAGAGUUUGACGACGGAGACAGAGGGAAGAUUUCUGUACCAAACAUCCGCCUCCUGCCACCAGGUUAUCAAAUUCAAUGUGGGGAGACAUUUCCAGCUGUGUCGGUGUCGACUGGGACAGUCAAGAAAAACCCCAAUUUCAAUCAUGCCUCCAGUGACCGACUCAACACUCCCAGUUCUCUCAAAAACAACCAUCCUCUGACUCUUCCUAAGAGAAGACCAGGGAGACCAAAGGGUUCUGGGAAAAAGCAAAAACAACAACAGCUGGCUGAAAGCAGCAAUAAAAAUUCUUCCCUUUUCGCGGCCUGGUCUUCAUUGACCAGCUCCAGGAAAAGAAUGACCCACAAUCUAUUUCAGCUUAAUGGGACACCCAGAAAGACCUUGAGAUUGAAGGAAGAUGACUCAUUUGCUUUGACUCAGAUCCAACCGCUUCUGUCCGCCCCGUCCAAAGGGCUUUUCAGCAGUAGCUCCUUUGAGGUGGACUCCUUUCACAGUAUCGCAAAUGGCUACUCCUCCUUCUGUACCAAGUCAAUGGGGUCCGGUCCAGAUUCGUCUGUUGCGCCUAAAAGUGGCCCCUAUGGACCGAGGCGUAGACAAGACGAGCCGGUGAUGCCCAGGGGCAAGAAGUCCGGACAAGAGUUUUUGGUCAAGUUAGAUCAUGAAGGAGUAACGUCCCCAAAGACCAAGAACAGCAAGGCUAUGUUGCUCCGUGGUGGUUCUUCCGGCAUGAGUGCAAUGCCUAAGACAGAGGUCUACUCCCAUCCGGUGCUUUUGGUUAAAGACAAUAAAAAGGGCAGCAACUCAAAAGUAGAACUUCUCUUGAAAGGAUCCAUACCCCAAAGAAAGCCUUCAUCUUCCGUGCGUCUUGGAGAAUACGGGGGCUUCAGCUCGCGUCGAGAGUGUCAUAGCUCCUACUCUGAUAUGGAUGAGGAAGAAGAAGAGGAGGAGAGGAAAAGGACUACCCUUGCAUUGGCUUCGGGCGGACUACGAACCGCUGGCCAUUUUCUCUCCCAUCUCCCCGUUUCAUCCUCCUCUUCUGGUUCAUCCAGUUCCUCUUCAUCAGGCUCGAUCUCCAGUUCGAGUCUUUGUUCCUCUGACAACGACUCGUCCUACAGCUCAGAGGACGAGGAACGUUCUACACUAAUGCUACAGAGUUGCCUGUCGUCUCAUCGGGGGCUGCUACGACCCAGCGAACCCUCCACUUCUUCAAGGCAACAUUCGUUUGUUGCCAAAGCUUUGGCUGUUUCUAAUACCAAAGGAUCUUCCGACAGUCACAUGUCCAACGGCAAAUCCCUGAAGAGGAAAGCGUGUUCGGUCUCUAAGUCAUCUCGAGAAUACGUGAAGAAACCGAGGAUGCUACCAGAGGGUAACUCAUGCAUUUCAAGACCCAAGAUGUCCACAUUCCUUGCAGGACGCCAGAUGUGGAGGUGGUCUGGCAACCCUACACAGAGACGAGGUCUUAAGGGGAAGGCCAAGAAGCUUUUCUACAAGGCCAUUACUCGAGGAAAAGAAGCCGUGAAAGUGGGAGACUGCGCCGUGUUUCUCUCAGCCGGACGCCCUAACCUUCCCUACAUUGGUAAAAUCGAGAACUUCUGGGAAUCCUGGACCUCUAGCAUGGUGGUCAAAGUCAAAUGGUUCUACCACCCCGAAGAGACCAAGCUGGGAAAGAGGCAUCGAGAUGGCAAGCACGCCUUGUACCAGUCAUGUCACGAGGACGAAAACGAUGUCCAGACAAUCUCUCAUAAGUGCCAGGUGGUAAGCCGGGAGGAGUAUGAGACUAUGACAUGUGAUCAGAAGCCCAACAGUACCUCUCCAGACCUGUACUACCUGGCUGGUACAUAUGACCCUACUUCCGGUCAGCUGGUCAGUGCGGAAGGGGUUUCGAUCAUGUCCUGAACCUCUGCUAAGAGGAAACUACUGAACAAUUGCUCUUAUACCUGCACACCCUGCAAGACCCCCCCAGGCCUGUUGCUUCCUUACACACUGGAGACGAUUGGUGUCUUAACGGUUACUGGAAGAGAAGGAGAGUCCCCCUUACUGGUUCUUUCAGACAGAACCGGCGGAACUUUGGGUCUCCUUGUUCAUUGCAACCUUCAAUAACUCGUGUUGUAUCACGGGAUUGACCCACACACCACAGAUUUCUAUCACCAAAACAAAGCUGCAUUGAACAGGGGGCCAAGAACCACAAGUCCUGAUGGUCCCUUAGGACCAAUUUUUUUUUUUUGAAACAGAAGAAUUGAAAAGCGAGACCCCGAAGCCUUGCAUUCCUGGGAAAACGUGUAAAGUAGAUGUCUGUAAAUAUUCGGAAAUUGUCCCAAAAACCAAGCCAUACACUUCAGUACCUCUCACCUGUCUUCACGGUUCAGGUGUACUUUGUACAGACGGAUUAUCGUAUCGUGGUCGGAUGUCUAUAUGUACAUAAAAGCUAUUUUAUACGGGAGUAUAUUGUAUAUACGUGAGAUGUAUCUUUCCAUGUUGGCGAUUGAUUUAUUUUUAUAUGUGUAUAGAUUUGUUUGAAUUGUUUUCUUUUCCUUUUGGGGCGGGGGGGGGGGAAGAAAAAAAAAAUCCUGAUUGAAGAUGUUCGCAUUGCACUGCAUAUGCCCUGCUGAGACAGAAACAAAGACACGGCACAGACGAGAGAGAAGGAUUUUUAGUCCGUCAACAGGUCAAUACUCGCUUUUCUGAGAGAUGCGGAGCCAUUCUGGUAAAAAAAAAAAAAAAAAAAGGUCAAGUGGCUUUUUUUUUUUUGUAUAUGUUCUGUUACUACGAAUUUUUUUUUUUUUCAACCUAUGAAUUUUUUUAAUUAUUAUUUAUGUACGGUGGGGCAAAAAAGUAUUGGGCAAGUUCUCCCACUUAAAAUGAUGACCGAGGUCUGUAAUUUUCAUCAUAGGUACACUUCAACUGUGAGAGACAGAAUGUGAAAAAAAAAAAAUCCAGGAAUUCACAUUGUAGGAAUUUUAAAGAAUUUGUCUGUAAAUUAUGGUGGAAAAUAAGUAUUCAAAGCUCUCACUGAUGGAAGGAGGUUUUGGCUCAAAAUCUCACGAUACAUGGCCCCAUUCAUUCUUUCCUUAACACGGAUCGAUCGUCCUGUCCCCUUAGCAUCAAAACAGCCCCAAAGCAUGAUGUUUCCACCCCCAUGCUUCACAGUAGGUGUGGUGUUCUUGGGAUGCAACUCAGUAUUCUUCUUCCUCCAAACACGACGAGUUGAGUUUAUACCAGAAAGGUCUAUUUUGGUUUCAUCAGACCACAUGACAUUCUCCCAAUCCUCUGCUGUAUCAUCCAUGUAUCCAUUUUGGUACAAACUCAACUCGUCGUGUUCGGAGGAAGAUUACUGAGUUGCAUCCCAAGAACACCACACCUACUGUGAAGCAUGGGGGUGGAAACAUCAUGCUUUGGGGCUGUUUUUCUGCUAAGGGGACAGGACGAUUGAUCCGUGUUAAGGAAAGAAUGAAUGGGGCCAUGUAUCGUGAGAUUUUGAGCCAAAACCUCCUUUGAAUGCUUGACCAAAUACUUAUUUUCCACCAUAAUUUACAAAUAAAUUCUUUAAAAUUCCUACAAUGUGAAUUCCUGGGAUUUUUUUUCACAUUCUGUCUCUCACAGUUGAAGUGUACCUAUGAUGAAAAUUACAGACCUCUGCCAUCAUUUUAAGUGGGAGAACUAAAUACUUUUUACCCCACUGUACUUCUUAGUUGCUUGAUUAGACGGAUCCCAAAUGGACUGCAAUCACAUACGAAAACUAAUUUAAGUGUUGGUGAUAUGAAUAUACUUCAUUGACGACAUUUGUGCGUGAUGAGAGUUCUCAACGAUUGCCUACGCUAGGGGUCCCCAACGCGGUGCCCGCGGGCACCAGGUCGCCCGUUAGGACCAGAUGAGUCGCCCACUGGCCUGUUCUUAAAAUAGCUCAAAUAGCAGCACUUACCAGUGAGCUGCCUCUAUUUUUUUUACAUUUUAUUUAUUUACUAGCAAGCUGGCCUAGCUUUGCGCGACGUUUUUAAUUCUAAGAGAGACAAAACUCAAAUAGAAUUAGAAAAUCCACGAAAAUAUUUUAAAGACUUGGUCUUCACUUGUUAAAAUAAUUUUUAUUUUUUUUUGCUUCAUAUAACUUUCAGAAAGACAAUAUUAGAGAAAAAAUACAACCUUAAAAAUUAUUUUAGGAUUUUUAAACACUUAUACCUUUUUACUUUUUAAAUUCCUUCCUCUUCUUUCCUAAAUUUUUUUUUUUAUUGUAAAGAAUAAUAAAUACAUUUUGAUUUAUUCUUCAUUUUAGCUUCUGUUUUUUCGACAAAGAAUAUUUGUGAAAUAUUUCUUCAAACUUAUUAUGAUUAAAAUUCACAAAAAUUAUUCUGGCAAAUCUAGACAAUUUAUAAAAUCAAAUUUAAAUCUUGUUUUAAAUUAUUUUGAAUUUAUUUAAAAAAAAAAUUUCUGGAAAAUAUAGAAGAAAUAAUGAUUUGUCUUUGUUAGAAAUAUAGCUUGGUCCAAUUUGUUAUAUAUUCUAACAAAGUGCAGAUUGGAUUUUAACCUAUUUAAAACAUGUCAUCAAAAUUCAAAAAUUAAUCUUAAUCAGGAAAAAUUACUAAUAAUAUUCCAUAAAUUCCUUUUUCAAUUUUUUCUAAAAGAUUCAAAUUAACCAGGUUUUCUCUUCUUUUUUUCGGUUGAAUUUUGAAUUUUAAAGAGUCGAAAUUGAAAAUAAACUACGUUUCAAAAUUUAAUUUUCAUUUUUUUUCGUGUUUUCUCCUCUUUUAAACCGUUCAAUUAAGUGUUUUUUUCAUCAUUUAUUCUCUACAAAAAACCUUCCGUAAAAGGAAAAAAAAUGUACGACGGAAUGACAGACAGAAAAACCCAUUUUUUUUAUAUAUAUAUAGAUUUAUUUAUUAAAGGUAAAUUGAGCAAAUUGGCUAUUUCUGGCAAUGUAUUUAAGUGUGUAUCCAACUGGUAGCCCUUCGCAUUAAUCAGUACCCAAGAAGUAGCUCUUGCUUUCAAAAAGGU